GGCAGCUCGCAUACAAUCAAGGCCAUCUCUGGAAACGUCUGGCGCCAGAGGCUGCAUCAUGGCAGCAGUGGAUAUUGUCAAGGUCUCAAUCCUGGGCAAAGACUCCAUUCAUGUCGGCUACAAUCUCUUGCAACAUAUCGUCGACACCUGCCUGACACAGCUACCCUCCUCCAAUUAUGCCCUCAUCACCGACACGCACAUUGCUCCGCUGUACCUUGAUCAGCUGGCACGAUUGUUUCAGGCAGGCAUAGAUGACAAGCAAAAGUUCAAGUCAUUGCCGGCCAAUGCGCGCUUCAUUUCCAAACUUGUUGCUCCUGGGGAAACAAGCAAAAGCCGCAAAACCAAGGAGGACUUGGAAGAUUGGCUUUUGAGUGAAAGAUGCACGCGAGACACUAUUGUCAUUGCAUUGGGUGGUGGCGUGAUCGGGGACAUGGUCGGUUUCGUUGCUGCAACAUUUAUGCGCGGCGUCAAGUUUGUGCAAGUGCCUACAACCUUGCUGGCCAUGGUUGACUCUGCUAUUGGCGGCAAGACUGCCGUGGACACGCCCCUAGGCAAGAAUCUUAUCGGCUCUUUCCAUCAACCAGAGUUUAUCUUUGAAGAUCUGGCCUUUCUCAAUACAUUGCCAAACCGUGAGUUCAUCAAUGGCAUGGCCGAGGUCAUCAAAACGGCGGCAAUCUGGAACGAAGAUCGGUUUGGUCUACUAGAGCAAGCCGCGCCUGAGAUACUUCAAAUCUUGUCGCAGCCUGUGUCAAAGGAUCGUUUCAACGGUAUUAGGCAACUGCUUCAAGAUGUGGUCAUCUCGUCAAUUCACGUCAAGGCCGAAGUCGUGUCUGCCGAUGAAAAGGAAGGCGGUCUAAGGAACCUUCUCAAUUUUGGCCACUCGAUUGGCCAUGCCUACGAGGCUAUCUUGACACCUGAAAUUUUACACGGCGAAGCAGUUUCUAUUGGUAUGGUCAAGGAAGCCGAGCUUUCACGCUUGCUUGGUCACUUGUCUCCUGACGCAGUUGGACGGAUAUCUAAGUGUUUAUCUGCUUGGGGCCUCCCGACUCGUGUCGAUGACGAGUUCAUCACUUCUAAGACUCGUGGUCGCAAAACUCCGGUCGAUCGCUUGCUGCAGAUCAUGGCAAUCGACAAGAAGAAUUCUGGUAGCUCGAAGCGAGUCGUUCUCCUCAAGAGAGUCGGAGAGUGCUACGAACUCAAAGCUACAGAUGUCCAGGAUCACUUCAUCCGCCUGGUGCUUGCCCCUCAUGUAUCUGUGCAAGGUGCGCUCGAGUCUCCUCAGGUACCAAGGGAAGUUGUCUGCAAGCCUCCUGGAUCGAAGUCCAUAUCGAAUCGUGCCCUCAUCUUGGCAGCUCUCAGCGGUGGGCGGGUCAAGCUGACCAACCUUCUUAGCUCUGAUGACACGCGGUACAUGCAGUCUGCCUUAGAAGCGCUUGGCGCUGCCUCUUUCACUUGGAACGAUGAUGGUAGUCUGCUCGUCUCUGGCACUGGAAGGUUCAAGCAUCCGUCAAAGGAACUCUUUCUCGGGAACGCUGGAACCGCAGCACGUUUUCUGACCAGUGUUGCUUGCCUGGUGAAUUCGACUGAGUCUGUCGUGCUUACUGGCAACCACAGGAUGAAGGUCCGGCCGAUAGGACCACUUGUCGAUGCGCUUCGCUCAAAUGGAACCACAAUAUCUUAUCUUGCAAAGGAAGGUUGUUUGCCGCUCAGCAUAUUGCCUGGCUUUCAAGGCGGUAGAAUCGAACUGUCUGCCAGCGUCUCUUCUCAGUAUGUCUCUUCAAUUCUGAUGGCAGCACCGCUGGCGCGGAAGGAAGUCCAUCUCGUUCUCACCGGUGGUCAAGUCAUCAGUGAGUUAUACAUAGACAUGACUACUGCCAUGAUGGCUUCUUUUGGCGUUCAGGUUGAGAAAAUUUCAUCUUCCGAGUACAAGAUACCUGUCGCGCAGUACGUGGCUCCUGAGGCUUAUGAAAUUGAGAGUGAUGCGAGUUCUGCUACAUAUCCCUUGGCGCUAGCUGCUCUGCUUGGAAUCUCCGUCGUGGUGCCCAAUAUCGGCUCAGAAAGUCUUCAAGGUGAUGCUCGAUUUGCGCGUGACGUCUUACAGCCAAUGGGAUGUUCGAUCGAGCAGACUGCGACCAGUACGCGUGUUCAAGGGCCGGCACCAGGUUCUUUGCGAGCUGUCACUUCAAUUGAUAUGGAGCCCAUGACGGAUGCCUUCCUCACUGCAUCAGUACUGGCUGCCGCUAGUCAAGGGUCCAUGACUAUCAAAGGCAUCGCAAAUCAGCGAGUCAAGGAGUGCAACCGGAUAGCGGCCAUGCGAGCAGGUUUGGCGGCCUUUGGUUGUACGCAAUCUAGUGAGUUUGGCGACGGUCUCACGAUUCAAGGCGUCGGUCUCUCUGGACUGUGUUCGCCGCCUGAUGCCUUUGAAGGCGAUGGUAUCGAUACCCAUGACGACCAUCGUGUAGCCAUGUCCUUCUCAUUGCUUGCAGCUGUGACACCAGGGCAGAGUCUCAUCUUGGACAAGGAUUGCACCAGUAAAACCUGGCCUGAUUGGUGGGAUGUGUUGUCUCGCGACUUUGUUGUGACUUUGGCAGGAGUCGACUAUCUGCCUGCAAAACCAAAAGCGACUGUGAAUGGCGCUGCGACUGUUGUUGUGGUAGGUAUGCGAGGUGCAGGCAAGAGCACCAUGGGUGUGCUGGCGGCUCAAAUUCUUGAUCGCCCAUUCAUCGAUCUCGACCAGCUUUUGGAGCAAGACUACAAGCAAACGAUUCCAGAAAUUGUUGCAACUCGGGGUUGGACGCAAUUUCGCGAGUUCGAAUUGGCUACACUUUCGAAAGUACUCAAGGAGCACGCACAAGGAUACAUCUGCGCAUGUGGAGGAGGUAUCGUUGAAACACCUGCCGCUGUCACGCUUUUGCAGCAAUUCGUUGCUUCUGGUGGCCUAGUUCUCCAAGUACAUCGAGACAUUGAGCAAAUUGCUGAUUUCCUCGGUGCCGACGAGACAAGACCUGCCUGGAAUGCUGCAAAUGGCAAAUCAACACCAGAGAUUAUGGAUGUUUGGGAGCGGCGCCGACCCUUGUUUGAGCAAGUGGCCAAUUUUCAAUACUACUCAUCAAAGGCAAACGGGCUGCGGACUGAGCAGAUUAAAGCAUUUGCCAAGUUUCUGCAUCAUCUGCAAGGGCCAACCGAUCUCAUGUCGAUGCUUUCGAACAAACCUCGUUCGUUCUUCCUCAGUUUGACAUACCCUGACAUUCGUCAGGGUCUUGAGCUCCUGCAACAGAUUACAGCUGGCUGCGACGCUGUGGAGUUGCGCGUUGAUUUGCUUCAAGAUGGUCCGGAGCCAGUCCCAUCCAUUGCAUACGUCUCUGAGCAAGUGGCCUUACUACGCGAGCGUCUCGACAUGCCAAUCAUCUUUACGAUACGCACCAAGUCACAAGGUGGCAACUUCCCUAAUGAUCGCGAGGAUUUGGCCGUUGAGCUCAUGUGCCUAGCAGCAAAAUGGGCUAUUGAAUUUAUUGACUUCGAGAUGACUUGGUCUGAGAAGGCGUUGCGCACACUUCGCAAGUCUGCUGUGCGCUCCAAGAUCAUUGCAUCGCAUCACGACGUCACUGGCUCAAUGAGUUUCGCUACAGACAGCUGGCAGGAUAUCUACAAGCGUGCGUGUGAGGCAGGUGAUUUGGUCAAGCUGGUCGGCCAGGCCAAAUCGUUGCACGACAAUUUUGCACUUGAAGAAUUCAAAACCGCAGUCGCUCAAUCUGGUAUGCCUCUGAUUGCCAUCAAUAUGGGCAGUCAGGGUACUCUGUCGAGAUUGCUCAGCAGCUUUUUGACGCCUGUCACCCAUGCUUUGCUUCCGUUCAAGGCAGCUCCUGGACAACUUUCGGUCAAGGAAAUUCAUCAAGGGUUGACUCUGCUUGGUCGCAUUGCGCCCAAAAAGUUCUUCAUCUUUGGUUGUCCCAUUAGCCACUCCCGGUCGCCUGCUUUGCACAAUGCUGGCUUCACUGCAUUCGGGCUUCCUCAUAUUUACGAGAGGCUUGAGAGUGAUGAGAUCGAUCGUUAUGCUUCUGUGCUACAAUCUCCCGCAUUCGGUGGCGCUUCUGUCACUAUUCCUCACAAGAAGGCCAUCAUGCCUUUCUUGGCAUCACUGACGGAAGAGGCUCAAGCGAUCGGUGCUGUGAACACUGUCUUGCCCAGUGAACAUGGCCUGCUAGGCGAUAACACUGACUGGAUCGGCAUCACCCGUGCCCUUACAUCUGUACUACCACCGACUCGCAUAGACAAUGCUGUCGUGUUCGGAGCUGGCGGUACUGCCCGCGCUGCUGUUUAUGCAUUGAAUCGGCUGGGGACAGAAUGCAUCUUUGUCGCCAACCGCAGCGCUAGCAACCUCAAAGAUUUGAAGACGGCCUUCCCAUUCAUUCGUCUACUUCACAGCGAAGACGACGUGGCUGAUCUUGGUCCCAUAUCGGUCGUGGUCUCGACGGUGCCCGGAGAUGCUCCGCUUGACGGCUCUAUGGCUGCUAUUGCUUCCAGCAUUUUGAAGGCUAAGUCACCUGCAGCGUGUCUUUUGGAGUUGGCAUACAAGCCGCGAGUCACACCGAUGAUGGAAAUGGCGAAACAGCAUGAUUGGCAGACGGUGGAUGGACUUGAGGUGUUGCUUGAGCAAGGACUGCAGCAAUUUAAAUUGUGGACUGGAUUGCAGAUGAGCGCACAGCUCGGAAGGGAUGCCAUCCUUGGCAAUGUGGAGGAGAAUGAGGCUUCGUCAACAUCACAGCAAUCAGUUGCUGGCUCAUGGGCUGGCGUGGCUUGAGCAGUGGAAGUUCUCAAAAGCAUAUGUGUGGCAGAAUUACCUUGCAUCUAUACAUUCAUGAUCUGUAUCGUGAACCACAAAUGCUAAAAUUGGUGCAUUGGCGCACCUGCUUACUGGGCCCCUGUUAAU